UUCCGGUUGUUGCCUGAGCUCCGCAAAAUUAGCUAGCUGAUCUGGGUUUUGCUCACCUGGAAAAAGGUUCGGGAGUUAUCCAUACAGAGUGAACGCGACCGAGAAGAGGCGAAGGAGGCGCUGACCCUGCUGUACGGUUGCGGGUCUGCAGCUCGGCGACGCCACCCGGGUCACCGGGGCCGGGACGGGGACCGCGGGGUCCGGGUGUCCGCUCCGCCCACCGAGUCCGAUGGCGGCCGUCGCGCCCAGGGCCCGGGCUCCGAGUGCCACCCCCGUGUGGGCCUGUGUGGGCUGUGGUGUCCCCUCCCAGGCUGUGAAUAUCUGUGAUUACUGCAGUGCCAUCCAUCUCAUCUGUCCAGUGUUAGGUGUUCUGUGUUUGGCCAUCCCCAUAACCCUAAGAUGGGACUCCCGCCCUCCCCAGUGGGGUGAAGCGGAGGGCAGGGUGACCUUUGAAGACGUGGCCGUGUACUUCUCCUGGGAGGAAUGGGGUCUCCUUGAUGAGGCUCAGAGAUGUCUGUACCAGGAUGUGAUGCUGGAGAACUUGGCACUUAUAACCUCCUUGGGUUGUAGGCAUGGUGCGGAGGAUGAGGAGGCACCUGAGCGGAAGGUUUCCGUACAAGGCGUGUCCCAGGUCAGGACUUUCAAGGCAGUUGUGUCUCCCCAGAAGGCCCAUCCUCGUGAGGUGUGUGGCCAGGACUUGAGAGACAUUUUGCUCUCCACCGAGCACCAGGCAACGCUUUGUGGACAGAAUCUCUACAAGAUUGAGGCAUGUGAGAAACAGUUGUGUUUUGAGGCAAACCUUCAGCACCAGAAGGAGCACAUUGGAGAGAAAUGCUUCAGAGGCAACAUGGCCAGAGCUUCUUUUGUGAAGGACUACAAAUUGUGUGUGUCAGGGAAACCCUUUUCCUGUGGGGUGGUUGAGAGGGACAUCUUGGCCACCUCGAGAUUCUUCCAGCAGCAGGCCACACACAGCAGGGAGAAGUCAUACAGGACGACGGAGUAUGGGGCAUCCUCUCGUGGAAGGAAAGCGCAACGCAACUGGGAAGGUGCAAAGGACUUCACUUGCAAACACACACUUGUUCACCACCAGAGAGACCUCGCUAGAGAGAGAUGCUUCAUGUGCAGUGAAUGUGGGAAAUCUUUUAGCAAAAGCUACAGCCUCAAUGACCACUGGAGAGUGCACACUGGGGAAAAGCCUUAUGAGUGUGGGGAAUGUGGGAAGUCCUUCAGGCAGAGCUCUAGCCUCAUUCAGCACCGGAGAGUUCACACUGGAGCAAGGCCUCACGAGUGUGACGAAUGUGGCAAAUUGUUUAGUAACAAGUCUAACCUCAUUAAACAUCGGAGAAUUCACACUGGGGAACGGCCGUAUGAGUGUAGUGAAUGUGGGAAGUCCUUCAGCGAAAGCUCUGCGCUCCUCCAACACCGCAGUGUUCACACUGGAGAAAGGCCUUAUGAGUGCAGUGAAUGUGGGAAAUUCUUUACCUACCACUCCAGUCUCAUAAAACACCAGAGAGUUCACUCGGGAUCGAGGCCCUAUGAGUGCAGUGAAUGUGGAAAAUCCUUUACUCAAAACUCCAGCCUCAUCGAACACCGUAGAGUUCAUAGUGGAGAAAGGCCUUAUAAGUGCAGCGAAUGUGAGAAAUCUUUUAGCCAAAGCUCCGCGCUGCUUCAACAUCGGAGAGUUCACACUGGAGAAAGGCCUUAUGAGUGCAGCGAAUGUGGGAAAUUCUUUACUUACAGUUCCAGUCUCCUCAAACACCAGAGAGUUCAUACUGGAUCAAGGCCUUAUGAGUGCAGUGAAUGUGGGAAAUCCUUUACUCAAAACUCCAGUCUCAUUAAACACAGGAGAAUUCACACUGGAGAAAGACCUUACGAGUGCAGCGAAUGUGGGAAAUCCUUUAGCCACAGUUCUAGUCUCAUUAAGCACCGAAAAGUGCACACUGGAGAAAGGGUUUAGGAGGACAGUGACUUUGGGAAACGUUCACCUCUGUCUUCCAUUUCAGUGCCCAUUCAAAUACUCACACUGAAAACGGCUUUAUGAGUGUUGGAACGUGGGAUAUUCUUUACCUACGAGUCCAAGCUCCUAAACCACCACAGUGUCUCCUUAGAUGAAGGCCUGUGAAUGUGAAGAACGUGGGAAAUGGCUAACCAAAGGCUAGCCUCAUUGCUCUCCAGAGAACUCACGGUAGUGAAAGGCCUUACAGAUGCAGUGAAUAUGAGAAAGCCUUCAUCUGAAGGACUUUACCUCAUAGGACUUCACAAAUUUCAAAGGGGAGAACUACCUUAAAUGUGCAGGUAUUUAAUUGAUGAAUGUGACAACACGGGAGGAGAUCCCUUAUGAAGGUGCCAUCUGCCUGUGUUGAAGCUCAUACAGUCAGACAUCUACAUAAAUCCCGGGUAUGUGGCAGCUGCAUUGCAGUCUUUGAACCUGCCCAGGGGCCGUACCCCAGUGUCAGGGCAAUUGCUGGAUGACUAAUGAAUAGCCUGAGCGCUUACUCCUUCCCCGUUUUUCCUCUCCGAGGAGAGGGCAUGCAUCUCCCCCAGUUUUGUCCUGCAGGACUGUCGGUGAUUUGAAAAGGUGGACGACAUUUUUCAGGAUUGUUACUGUCCUCAUGAGACUCUGUGAUGGCAUUUCCCAGCCUCCAAAUCACCAACCCAGGAACAGUCUGCCUCCCGUUGCUCUUGCUGUACGACAAUAAAGAUCUUAUUGUUUAAGCCACCAUUAAUCAUGGGGAUUCUGUGUGUGUUGAAAUUAACUGUGUUUGCGAGCGUGAAGGGGUGAACAGAGUUGUGUGCCUCAGAAGGGACCGUAUGAUGGCAGAAGAUAACUCUCCAGUUUGGGCCUACUUUGCAUGGCUGCUCAAAGCCUUUAAGGAAAGACUGUAGGGCUCUGUGGUCCUAAUUUAUACUUGGAUGCCAGGAUAUUUUGUGGGGUCAGAGUUUCAACCCGAAGAGGGGGCAGUCGUUGGUGGUUGUUUUGACAACCUUCAGUGCUUCUGAGCGGCAUGGUCUUGUUCUCUUGUUCACAAGGGACACUGAUGGCAUGGUGCUCGGUGCUGGUGAAGGAAAUCUCUUCCCCAGACCCAGCAGCGGAGCCAGGGGCCUUGAUGUCCUGAAUUCUGUAGAGUAACAUCACUGGUUUUAAGAUUCUAAGGGCCAGGGGAAUGAUUGCUGGUACAGAAACCCUGAAUAUAUUAAUAGAGAGUGCGGGAGACCAGUGAACGAGUUGAAUGUGCCUCUUUGAAAAGGGCAUGCACAGUGUUUAGGCACUAGGACUGUGAAGAUGAGCAGGUAGAGAGAUUCUGAGGACCUGCACAAGGAUGUAUCUUGUGCAGCUGAGGGCCUGUCAGAAAACAAUAAUCUAAAGGUUUUGUGGAUUCCUUGUUCCCUCUGGGCUGUUCACCAAAGGCCAUGGUUUUGCAUGGCAGCAAAGCAAGGACGGAAACAGGAGAGAACGCUUAGUGCAGCCAAGAGGCCUUCUGUGACUCAGCUGGUAACCCUGUUGAAUGAACUCGGAGCACCUUCAUUGCUCACCUGUUUUUGCAAAUGCCUUCGGAUGAGGAGAAAGAUGGUGGAAUCAGUAUGGUGGCCAAACUUAAUCUUCUGAAGCAUAGGGAAUCCAGACUUAAAUUUUAACCAUAUUUUUUUAAGUUUCAGUAAGGUACAAAUGACAUGCAAUGUCCAUCAUUAAAUUGUGCAAUUUGACAUUUUGACUUUCACAUAAACCCAUGAAGCCAUCAAUCAUAAUAAACCUUUCCAUGACCCCCACAUUUACUUUUUGUCCUUUAAUAAUCUCUCCUCGAGGCAUCCAUUGCCUUUCCAUUAUAGUAGAUGAGUUUGCAUUUUCUAGAAUUUAU